CUCACAGAGAACCCAAAAAAAAACAAAAAAAUGGACUCCAGAACAUAUUUUCUUACAUUUCUCCUCUGUAUUUUCCUUUUCUCUCAAUUUUCACCCUCGAUUUCUAAAUCUAUCAAAAACGACCCUUUAUCAUUCUCUUCGUCGGCGAGUUUGCCGACUCUCACGGCGGAGAGACUCAUCAAAGGUUUCAAUUUAAUGCCUCAACGUGACGUCAAUGUCAUCUCUGAAGACGGUUCUGAGGCUCCGAGACUCGUCGAGAGAGAAUUCGAUUUGCCAGCGGCGCUUGACCGUCGUGACUCCUCCGGUUUACCGUCGGUUCAGGAUUUCGGUCACCGUGCUGGUUACUACAAACUUCCUAAUUCAAAAGCAGCCAGGAUGUUCUAUUUCUUCUUCGAGUCAAGGACCAACAAAGCCGAUCCAGUGGUCAUUUGGCUAACCGGUGGGCCCGGUUGCAGCAGCGAAUUGGCUCUGUUCUACGAGAACGGACCGUUCACAGUCUCCAACAACUCUUCUCUUGCUUGGAACGAUUUUGGUUGGGACAAGGCCUCGAAUCUAAUCUACGUUGACCAACCGGUCGGAACCGGUUUUAGUUACACAUCGGACGAAAGUGAUCUCCGACAUGACGAGGAUGGUGUCAGUAAUGACCUUUACGACUUCUUACAGGCGUUUUUCAAAGAACAUCCGCAAUUUGUGAAUAAUGACUUUUACAUCACUGGUGAAUCCUACGCCGGACAUUACAUUCCGGCAUUGGCUUCAAGGGUUCACCGUGGAAACAAGAACAAAGAAGGAACUCAUAUUAACCUCAAGGGUUUUGCAAUCGGAAACGGUUUAACAAACCCGGAGAUCCAAUAUGGCGCGUACGCGGAUUAUGCGCUUGACAUGAAGUUAAUCUCAAAGUCUGAUCACGAUAACCUCAACCGUAACUACGCAACUUGUCAACAAUCCAUCAAAGAAUGCAGCGCUGAUGGUGGUGAAGGUGAAGCAUGUGCUACUUCUUACGUUGUCUGCAACAACAUAUUUCAAAAGAUCAUGGAUAUAGCUGGAAACGUAAACUAUUACGAUGUGAGGAAACAAUGUAAAGGAAGCUUGUGCUAUGACUUCUCGAACAUGGAGAAGUUCUUGAACCAGAAAUCGGUUCGGAAGGCAUUAGGUGUGGGAGAUAUCGAGUUCGUGUCUUGCAGUACUGCGGUGUACGACGCGAUGCAGAUGGAUUGGAUGCGGAAUCUUGAGGUCGGGAUUCCAACUUUGCUCGAAGAUGGGAUCAAGAUGCUUAUCUAUGCCGGAGAAUACGAUCUCAUCUGCAAUUGGCUCGGAAACUCGAAAUGGGUUCACGAGAUGGAAUGGUCAGGCCAAAAAGAAUUUGUAUCAGCCGCGACAGUUCCAUUUCAUGUAGACAACAAAGAAGCAGGUUUAAUGAAGAACCACGGUUCACUCACUUUCCUCAAGGUCCAUGAUGCUGGACACAUGGUUCCAAUGGAUCAGCCAAAAGCAGCAUUGCAAAUGCUUCAGAAUUGGAUGCAAGGAAAGCUGGGUACACCUACCGGUCGGACCGCUCGUCAGUGAUUCCAAAUACCGAACCGAUUGAAUUAUUAUGUAUCUAGGAGACCAGUUUUUUUUUUAAAAAAAAAAACUUUAAACUAAAUAAUACAUACUUGUGAAUUAAUG